AUGGUUGCACAGAGCUUUACGGAUUUCACUACCAACUCUGCUAAUCCAUGUUAUCUGCAUCCAAACGAGAAUCCGACUCUUGUUCUCGUUUCUUCACCGCUCGAUGACAAAAAUUACCACACCUGGUCUCGUUCAAUGCAAAUCGCGUUAAUCUCCAAGAACAAAGACAAAUCUAUUGGUGGUACUCUUCCCAAACCCGUUGUUUCAUAUGUUCUUUAUGCGUUGUGGAUUUGUUGCAACACGAUGGUUCUUGCAUGGAUACAACGCUCAAUCUCUACAUCAAUUGCACGAUCGGUUCUAUGGAUUGAAACGGCUGCGGGUGUGUGGAAGAACCUGCAGGUUAGGUUUUCUCAUAGUGACAUUUUCUGCAUAUCUGACAUUCAAGAAGAUCUUUACAAGUUUCGUCAAGGUACCUUAGAUGUAUCCAAUUAUUUUACUCAUUUGAAAGUUUUGUGGGAUGAAUUGGAAACUUAUCGUCUAAUUCCAUCUUGUUCCUAUGCGAUUCCAUGUUCUUGUGGUGCUUCUGCAUCGGUUCGCCAUUAUAGGGAUCAAGACUAUGUGAUUCGAUUCCUUAAGGGUUUAAAUGAGAAAUUCACUCAUUCCAAGAGCCAAAUCAUGAUGAUGAACCUGCUACCUGAUAUUGAUAAGACUUUCUCUUUGGUGAUUCAACAAGAAAGAGAAAUGAAUAAUGUUAUUUCUGCAGUUAUUCCUGUUGUUGGCGAAACUGAAGAGAGCAUAGCUUUGAAUGUAUCUCAUGAUGCUCAGCCAAACAAAUCCAAUUCGUAUAGAGGAAAAUAUCAGGGUGCAGUUGGUUCAAGAGGUCAAAAUCGUGUCUGUAUUCACUGUGGAAGAAAUAACCAUACCAUUGAUACUUGUUUCAUCAAGCAUGGGUAUCCACCAGGCUUCAAGAACAAGACCAAAGCUAAUUCAGUGUCUACAUCUCCUCUUGUGCUAAAUUCUUUGUCUUCCACUGCCAAUGCCUUUACUAGUUAUCAUAAUAUUGUUCCUAUCUCUGUCACUUUACCUAAUGGUUCCCAAUUAUCUGCUUUAAUUUCUGGCUCUAUCAAACUUACACCAUCUUUAACACUGCAUAAUGUCCUUUACAUUCCCUCUUUCAAUAACCCUUCCAUGGAAACGAUUGGUAUAGUUGACUUGCAAUAUGGCUUAUAUGUCCUUCAUUCCAAUGUUUUCCAUGCUUCUUGUAAUUCUGUAACUCCUAAUGAUGGUGAUAUAUGGCAUAUGAGAAAACUUCCCUUUCUUGAUAGUGUUACUUGCAUUAAUGAUCUUUUUGACAUUCUUCAUGCUGACUUAUGGGGUCCUUUUUCUACUAUCUCUAUAUUAGGACACAAAUACUUUCUCACUCUAGUUGAUGAUCAUUUUAGGUUCACAUGGGUGAUUUUUCUUAAAACCAAAGAUGAAACUAGAGAUAGUCUUAUAAACUUUGUAGCAUACGUUGAGAAACAAUUUAAUAAACAUAUAAAAUGCUUGAGGUCUGAUAAGGGUACAAAAUUUCUAGCCUUACACAGUUUCCUAUUUGCUAAGGGCAUUCUACAUCAAAAAUCUUGUGUUGAAACCCCUCAACAAAAUGGGAUUGUUGAAAGGAAACAUCAACAUAUACUUAAUGUAGCUAGGGCCCUACACUUUCCAUCCAAUGUGCCUUUAACAAUGUGGAAUUUUUGUGUGCAGCAAGCUAUCCAUGUUAUUAAUAGACUCCCUACCCCUUUGCUUAAACUAAAAUGCCCUUAUGAAAUUCUAUACCAAGAGCCUCCCUCCCUUAUUCACCUUAAAGUGUUUGGAUGUCUAAGCUAUGCUACCUCUCUUAUGGCCCAUAGGACCAAGUUUGACCCUAGGGCACGCAAGGCUGUCUUUAUAGGCUAUAAAGAGGGAACUAAGGGCUAUAUCCUAUAUGAUUUGACCCAUCACAGUAUUUUUGUAUCAAGACAUGUUAUCUUUUAUGAAAACAUAUUUCCAUUCAAAUCUCAACUUUAUUCCCAAGAUAGCCAUAGUUCUGCUCCUCCCUGUGAUGUUAGUUCAAACCCUAACCCUCCUUUAUGUGAUGAUACAACCCCCAUUGAACCAUCAGACAAUAACUUGCCUACCCUGCAUCCAUCAGACAAUACAUUGUCUGAUGUCCCUGAUACUCCCAACCCAGGUUCUCCUCCCAACCUUCUCAUUAAUGAUAAUAUCAGCCCUAGCUCUUUUGUCCAUAACUCUCCACCGUCCUCUUUAUCCAUCAGUCUCACUCCUGCUCUUGUUAAUAAUAAUGAUAAUAAUUCUCCACAUUAUGAUCAGCCUCCUAUAAGACAUUCUACUAGAGUCUCUAAUCCUCCCUCAUACCUUGCUGAUUAUCAUUGA